GGAAACGGAAAACCACACAUUUUAUCGAAUAAAAUGCGGUAUUGGUAUAUGGAGUAAAAAAUAUAAAAUAAUUUACGUGUGUAAUUAAUAUUUAUUUAAGUUAAAUUUGUCCAAUUCUUUGCAAAGUUUUAUGGGGAUUUGAUAAAUGGAAAACCGCAGUUUUUAUAUACUUCAUAAAUAUUCAUGAUAAAUUAUUUUGCGGUAAGGUAAACGAUUGCCAAGUUUUCAUCAGAUACAAUAUUUAUUAUUAUAUUCGAACCAAUUAUCUGGUUUUGUCUUUUGUUAGCCUAAUUCAUAUUUAAUACUUUGAGCAGCAGAUAAAAAACAAUUAAAAAAUAUUCAUACAAUCCGUAUUGUGGCGCCAUAACGAUAAGCUCUGUACGUUUUUAAGUUGUACAUAGUUACGCAACCUAACCCGUACUGCAAUUAUAAUGAUGUGCAAUAGAAUAAUAUGAGAACCCCUUACGCAAAAUAUAAAAAAAAAACCUACAAACAAAUAAAUUAUUAUAAACAUUAUUAUACAGGUACCGUAGUCCGCAAUAGGUGUGUGCACUAUUAUAAUCAUAUUGUAUAGUAGGUAUAUUAUGUUAUACCUAUCGAUAUAUCCUAUCGCGUAUUAAUUUAAUAUUAUAAUGAUGUACAUUCGGCGAUACGGAAAAAGCGUGAUAAACGAGGCCGUGGUGGAAAAAACCCGAAGACGAGAUAUUAUAGAUGGACACGUGUAUGUUAUUAUUAUUAUUAUUAUUAUUAUUAUUUACGUAUCAUAAUAUAGUCUAAAUAGUUACUAUACGGGAAAAAUCACUGUGGGUAGGAAAAAAGAAAAUCGAACAAUUAUUUUCGCGAGACAAUGUACGAAUAUAAAUCGGAGAAAAAACUACGCGAUAUCGCCGUGCUAUACGAAGAUGGUCGUCGGCUAAUGAUGGACGUGUUGGGUACACUACGCCGCCGCAAUAAUAAGAUGUUAAAUUUAUACCGACGCGUAUUAUAUUAUAUUAAGUGUAAUGGAUGCGUACAUUGGCGUCGGAGUAAAUCAAAAUUUCGUCGCCAUGUCUGGGCGCAUACGAUGCUAUACUACGCUCGCUGACCUUACGUCUCGGGAAGAUAUUAACAAUAACAAUACUAAAUUAUGUUGUGAUUUAUGAAGCUCGUACGCACAAAUGCCAAACCGUCGAAGCUAAAAAUAUAUAAUAAUAUUACCGCAAAAAUCGCUCGUCGCUCGCGGCCUCAUAAUAAUAAUAAUAAUAAUAUUAUUAUCAUCGAAGUUUUUGCAUAAUACAUUACGACGACGACACGUACAAUACUCGUUUUGACGUCGCAGUUAUAUUAUUAUACCUACCGAUUUUACAGUUGGCCAAUUCUCGCGGCGUGCGGGUGCGUGUGCGUGGCGUACGGUCGACCUGGCGCACGCCGCUCGGCGAGCCGUCGGUGCGCCUCCUUCGUAUACGCGUCUACGGCCGUAUUUGGGUGGGCGGCGGCGGCGGCUGCUUCCGAGGGGGUUGCGAUGGGGGUGCCCGCAUAGUCGAUAGAGCCCCUGCGUGCUACUACACUCUUGCCCUACUCUACAUUUCGGCGUAGCCGUCGCACGCGUGACGUAACGAUACCGUUUUGGCGUGACGUCACGCCGCGCCGCGCCGACCGUUGCCAACGGUUACGCGCUCUCGGAUCGCAGAACCACCCUGUGCUCCACGACUCGCAGCACCCGUUUAUACCACCGAGGCCUUCUCCUAACCACACAUAACCUCCCGAACUUCUGUCCAUUCAGUACGAUAGUAAUAAUAUUACGCAUUAUGCUUACAUAAUAAUAAACAAUGCACAUAGGGUAUUAUAAUAUAUCAUAAUAGUACCUAUACCGUGAUAAUAGGUUAAAACAUUCAAACUAAAUUAUGCACAGUCAAAAUAUCUAAUUUAAAGAAUUUAGUUGGACAUGGUUUUUAUAGUUUCAAUUCAAACAGUAUAAUAUAUGAUUAAUAAUAAUUCAAACACGGAAGAGACAUAUUUUUAGACGACGGUGGUCCAAUAUAACGGUUGGAACGCAAACGCAAUAGUUGUGUUGUUUUUGUCUCAUCGGCUGCAUUUUAUUGUCGCGCAUUUUAAAUAAAACACAAGCGUAUCUGGUUUUUUUUACAAAUUUAUGGUUUGCAUAAAGAUGGAAGUUCCGAAUGUUCCGAGUCCUGGUCCCUGGACUAGUUACUACAUAAUAAAUAUUCGAUUGUACAUACACCGUGAGCUGAGUUUGGUGAACUUUGAUUUCAUUAUUAUUAUUAACUUAUAAGUUAUGCUUUCAAUACCGUCGUAAGAUUGUUAGAACAAAAACAUUACUUUUGUUUGGGGACGUUUCGACUGAAUUCCUAUAACGUGUAUGCUCCUCUAACAACAACCACCGACGCGUAAAUAAUAAAUAUUGUGUAAUGUUCUAAGUAUACGCGUACAAUGUUAUAUUUGCAGGAUACCUAUAUACACGCGAGUGUGCCGCCCCCGUUGACAGUACUCAGUCGGUAUAAAGAGUAUGGUGACGAUAUACCUAUGACGUGCGUAAUGUAAUAUUAUUUUAUUAAAAUAUAAUAUACCGUGGCCACGUAUAGUGCCGUCGCCGCCGCGCACCGUCAACUGUGCAAAUAGUGCAAAGUCAUCGGCGGGCCCCGUCGAUUGUAAACAAUAUAAUAUAAUGUAGGUAAAUUUUUUUUAUUAUUAUUUCACAAAACGAACGUCCAAAACAACAGGCGCUCGUGUAGUCAGGUUUGCUGUGGAGGUAUCGCGUGCUGUUGGAAACUGGUCGAUAGAAACGAAAAAAAAAAAACAGCGAAGAAAAAUAUUAUAAUACUGUAAUACGCGAGUGUUACACGCCGCUGAUCAACCUUGAACGGUGCACGUCGGACGAGUAUUUAUUAUUUUAAUUCAAAAUAACGACUAUCGCAUAUCAUAAUAAAAAUAUAAUAUAUGUAUUACCGCGCAUAUAAUUUUGUAGAGGGUUUAUGUAAAUUGUACUGCAUUUUAACGAUUUUAAUACAUUGAAAAAGGGAUAGUAAAUCCGUAUUUAACCUAUCAGCCAUAUUAUACGCUUGCUUGCAUGCAGUGUACACGUGAAUAAUAUGAAAAAUGGUUAUAUAAUUCACGUGAACCGAUGACAAACAAAAAAUAAAUAAAAAUUCUGAUUAUAUUGUAGUAAUGUAUUGCAGUAUUGUAGCAGUAUUGAGUAUAUACCAAUAGGUACAUUACCUACAAAUUCGGGAUGAGACGUCAAUUCUUGCCUAUUUUCCGUUUUAACAUUAAUUGUGGCCGUAACAACGUCGCUUGCUAUAUAUGCCUGUAUAUAAGUUUGACGAAGUGCCACUAUUGGAAAUGUUGAUGGAAAGUAAAAUCGCGUCAAGAUGCAUAUCGAGGUUAGCGUAGCGUUGAACUUUGUGAUCUCGUACCUGUACAACAAAUUACCCAGACGGCGAGUGAACAUAUUCGGCGAAGAGCUGGAAAAGUGCCUGACGGAGAAAUUCGCUGGGCACUGGUACCCGGAGAAACCGUACCGCGGCUCGGCGUACCGGUGCAUCAAAACUGGAUCUCCGAUCGACCCGGUGUUCGAGAAGGCGGCCCGCGAGAGCGGCGUGGCCAUACAGGACAUCCUGGAGAACUUGCCACAGGAUCUGGCCGUGUGGGUGGACCCCGGCGAAGUCAGUUACCGCAUCGGCGAGAAGGGUGCCGUGAAGAUCUUGUACAACGAGAACAGCGGCGGCCUCCAGUUCGACACCCACGACGACCGGACCGCCGACCGAGAGGUCGUCAAAACGUUCAACCCCGAAGCACAGUGUUUCCGGCCCAUCGAUUCGGUAGCGUCCAGCUUGAGUUCUCUGAGCAUUUCGCCACCGGACAAGUGUUCGGUCGGUUCGCCAACGCUUGGCAGCGGUUCCAACAACUCGUCGCCGACCCAUCAUAACCACCUCCACCACCACCACCAACAACAACAACAACAACAACAACAACACCAUCCUCACCACCAGCAACAGCAAAUACAGCUACAACAGUCGCAGCACAAUCCGCUGUUGUUCGGCAAGCCGUGUGGCGGAAGCAGCAGCAGCAGUAGCAGCAGCAGCAGCAGCAGCAGCAGCAGCAGCACUGCAAGCAACGGCAACAGUCAGCAAUCGCCGCAGCAACAGCAGCCACGGAGCCCGAACGGUGGAGGUCCGGCAGUCGCGGUCGCGGCCGGCGCUUACGUGCCGUGCCGACAGCCGUCAGUGCCGCUGACGUUCACAACCGCGUCGUUCGCGCAGACCAAGUUCGGCAGCACCAAACUCAAGUCCAACAACAAACGAGCUAACAGGUUUCUGAUGACUGAUUUUAUAGAAAAGAUGUCGCCGACCGAGUUCGCUAACUACAUCAAGCAGCGGGCGGCCAUGCAACAACAACAGCAACGUCCGGCGUCGCCGGUGCAGCAACACCACCGUGGCGGCCAGAACGGCGACGCGGCGUCCAACUACUUCUUCCAGCAGCAACAGUACAACAACAAUCACCAGGGCGGCGUUGGCGGUGCCGGUUACCAAAGGCCGCGGCAGUCCAACGGAGGCGGUUAUCACCGGAACAGCGGCAACAUGACCACCGCGGAUUACGCACCACCGCAAUUGCAGUUCGCAAACGGCGGCGGCAGCGGAUGGCAGAAUUUCGGCGGCGAUUUCGGGCCGCAGCACUUUGGCGGCUCGCCCAUGGGUCCGCUGUCACCGGCCAAUUAUGGGACGGGACAACAAAUGCAGUCAGCCGUGACUCCGAUGCAUCAGCAGCAGCAACAGCAACAGCAACAACAGCAAAAGGUGCAGGACAACUACAACGCCAUGGGACUGGGAUCGUCGACGUCGUCGUCGUACAGGUCCAGUCCUUUCCAACAUUUGUUGGUGGCUAACUGAUUUCAGCCGGCUUGUCCGACGAGAAACGGUUAAGAGCGCACCCUUUCACCACCAAACCCCUUCCCCCUCGUGCCGCCCAACGUGGCCCGUCUACCCUCUUGACCUAGUUAAAUGGUUGAAGACCGACUUACCCCAUCCCCCUCCAUCCGCCCACCUUGUUAUCAUUAUUAUUAUUAUUAUUUUUAUAUAAUACCCUCUUUUAAUAUAUAACAUAAUAUUAUAUACAUACAUAAGUAAACCCCCUGGCGCGCCUUCCCCUUCUCCGCCUUUAAAGGUAAAUAAUGAAAGUUAUUUACAUUACGUUUUCAGGUAUAGAUACAUCCGUUAUUAUUAUGUUAUAUUAUUUCCGUUUUUCCAAUUUCCGUAUUUUAAUCGCGUGGCUGCAGCGAGCUUUUCUCAUCCACCCGUCGUUAUCAUCUUAAAACGUUAUAUGCAUAUAUACUGCUGUUACCUAUCGGCUUCUAAAAUUAUAAUUAUCUCUAUUGACAACAUUUUAAAUAUUAUAUCGAUAUAGGUAAUUAGGCCAAUGCUCGAAAAAUACUUCAACUACUUUAUAAUAUAUUCUACCAUUCGCGCAGACACUUUAAAAAAAAAAUGUUUAUUCUCUUCGAGAAAAUAAAAUAAUAUUAUAUAUUAUAAUAACAAAAAAAUAAAAUAAAAUUUUAAUAACAUCAAUACAUAUAUUACUAUAAUAUGUGAUUGAUCACCCACAAGUAUUAUUAUUAGUUUUUUUACACUAUUUUUCUUUUCUUAUUUUUGACUAAAACUUUUUAAUAUUUUUAAAUUAACGCAUAUAUAAAUUUAUUUUUUUUAAGCAAUUUAUGACUUAUCGUACAGACUUAAUGAGAUGUUUUUUUUUUUUAAAUAAAAUAUUUUUACCAAUGAGAGGAUUAGACCUUAAUUAAUGAUAAUAAUAACACGUACAUUAUAUACAUGAAUAUAAUAUAAUAUACCUAGAGUCCGAUGAUAAUAAUUAAAAAUACUUUACGUCUAGGUUAAUAUUAUACUUAUUAUAUACACGUAUACUAUAUAGAAAUACAUUUGAAUAUUUGAUUAAACAAUUGAUUUAUGAUCCAUUACAUUAAUGUGUUAUAUCAAAUAUGUGUUCUGUGAACAUCAAAUAUUCAGUUCUCUAAAUAGGUACAAAAAAAAAAAAAAAAAAUAUUGAAUAAUAAUCUUAAAUUUAAUAAACUCAUUUUUCAAGUCAAAAUAUUUCGAUGUAUAGAAUCUCCCUAACCUUUAUACCUUUUACCUCAUCUUUAGGAAUCAUCUUUUUUCUUCUUCAAAUUCCAUGCUCUAACAUGUAAUAUAUUAAACUGAAACUGAACAGGAACAAUCUAAUCGCAAUAAUCGUGAGAUAAUAUAUAGGUGUUUAAUAAUAAUAUAAUAAUAAUAAUCAUAAAUAAUAUUUGUAAUAUUGUAUAUCGGCCUAGGAAAUACGUAAAGUAAAAAUUAAAUAUAUUAUUUAAAAUGUCCUUUUGUAGUGAUGUAGUAAACUUGUUAUGACAAUAUUAAGAAAAUUUAAAUUAAAAAUUGUUAUACUGGAAAAUUUAUCGAUGGAUCUCGCCAGUUAUUAACUUGUACUUGCAUUUUGCAACAUAAAUCGAGGUUUACUUAAAAAAAAAAAUCAUUAUUAUUGUUUUCAUCUUUAUACCUAUAGGUAAAUAUAAUAUUAUCCAAUUAAAAAAAUUGCAUGCGAUUUUUUUUUUUUAAUUUUGAAGCUUUAAAUUAAAAGUUUUAUUUAGUAAAUGUUUUAUUAUAAUUUUUUAACUUAUUUGGUAUUUUUUUACUCUUUAUAUACAUAUUAAAGUUAUAUGAAAUACAUGGGUUUUUUUUUAGAGUUAGAAACUAUUAUUUUUUAAGUAGCGAAAUUAUCGUUUUAGUAAGUUUUUCUUUUUUUUAUUUAAUUAUAAUAAUAUAUAUAAUAUAUACACAUAUAUUAUACAUAGUAAUAAAAAUAAAUUCAUAAACAUAUAUAUUUUUUUGUGAUUACAAUUUAAGCCGUAGGGCAUUUUUUUCAUGUACUAAAAAUGUAAUGCAUAUACUUAUAUAUAUGUAUUAUGUAUAUAAUAUACGUAUACCUACUUGCAUAUAUUUAAUAUUUAUAUAUAAUAUGAAACGAAAAAUUGUAUUUUUUACUUUGCACUUUAUUUUUUUUUUUAAUGAAUAUAAUAUAUUAUAUAUAUAUAUAUAUAUAUAUAUAUAUAUACCUAUACGUGUACCUAACUGUAUACCUAAGUAUUGAACGUUUUGCUACUCGACCGAAAUGUUUGUCUGACGUGUUAUAAUUAUAAUAAUAUAAUAUUAAUUAUUAUUAUAUACAUUAGGUACCUGAAUUUAUAGUAAAAUGUAUAAUGUUAUUGUUUUCUCCAAAACAUAUUAGGUUUUUGUGUACACGACGGCCCUCCUCGCCGACAAGACGAAUCAGUAAUCCUUAGUGUCGUACCUAUAUAAUAUAUAAAAUAAAACUUAGGUUUAAGAGUGCUUUUGGUCCCACUGUCUUCCAACGUGAAAUACCUCCUCCACAACAAAUGUCGUUAAAGAAUGUCGUACGCUGAUAUAGGUGCCUUCCUACUUGUAGUAGGUAAUAAUAUAUUAUUGUAUUUACGUAUUCAUGUAAUAUCGUCUCCCCGUCCCAUCCCUCCUUCCACCAAAACAAAUAAAUAUAAACUUAAAAUAAAAAAUAGAUGUUUAAAAUAAAAAAAGAAGACUGUUUUUUUUACGACGUAGGUGCGUAACCGUAAUAUUAGUUGACCGACUUUCGCGUAGGUAUAGCGUAUAAGAGUCCCCGACACUCCCACCCACCUCUCAAAAAAAAAAAAAAAUUCAAACACGUAAAGUGCGACUGACAAUUUUCCUUUAAAAUCGUUUUCAAUUUAUUUUCUAAAAUUUCUAUAAUAUACUAUAUAGUUUCUAUACAUGUCUUAUUUUAUUAGAUGAUAAAUUAUAAUAAUAACAAUAAUAAUAAUAAUAAUAUAUUUACAGACAAUCUAUAAAAAUAUAACAUUUAAUUAUCUACCUACAUUAAAAUUAUAUUAUAAUUCAAUGUACUUAUGUACACCUGUAUUGCCUACAUAAUAUGCCUUCUAAUUAGGUACCUACCUGCCGACAAUAAAACAUACAAUAAUCAUUAAUAACGCUCUCGAACCGACCGCUGCGACGUCAUCAUCGUAAUAAUAUUAUAAUAUUGAGUAAAAAUAAUUUCUUACAUUUUAGACGGUUCAUAUUUUUUCUCCUCGCGAUUGUCCGUAUAACUUCGAACGUAAUAUAAUAAUAUAAUUUUACUACCACCAACGAAGACGCGCUCUUAUUAAAAUAUAUUAAAUAAUUUAAAACGCGUAUGAAAAUAUAAAAGGCCCACGGCGUGUUCUUUUUAUUACUAGCCGAUUGAAAAUUACAGAUAUUAGAAGAAUAAAUCGGCGCGCUUCUCUUUCGACACACAAACGUCCCAAUUUUUUUCUAACGAUUCGUCCCCCCCUCCCCAACCGUAAAUACCCAUACUGAAAAUAAAUAUUACGUGUAUAGGUAAUAUUAUUAUGAUAAUAUCGAAUGCGUAUUCUUUCAGUUUCUCAGUCCUUCCGGAAAAACUAGAUUUCGCACCAUUUUCCUGUCACCACCGCGGUCGUGUUUCGAGUUGACCUAUAUUAACCGUAUCACAACCACCGCGAGUUUUUCUCCAUUU